AUGGAGGAGCUCUUGCGAUGGCUAGACCUUUCGGAUGGCUCAGAUGGCGAAAGCACGCUCGACGCUGCUUGGGGUGUGCUGCGCAAGGCCUGGAGAGCCAAGAAGAUUGGCAACGCCGCGCGAGAAGAGGACGCGCAGAGGUCCUAUUGGGAUGGCCUGCAGCUCGUGGCCCGCGGUCGGCGCUUCAUGGCCAUGGAUGGUGCUGAGGCUUGGCAGCUGACGCGCUUCAAUGCUGCGGCGUGCGCGGUGGAGGGCGCGCUGCGCCGCAAUCUGAGCCUGCUGGCAGCGCGCCGACAGAACUUUGAAGAGGCUCUGAGCCACGCAGAGGAGAGUCUUCGCCUUGAGCCCGGCAACCCUAAAUCCAGGUACCGCCGGGCUGUGGCGCUGUACAACUUGGGCCGCGGUGAUGAGGUUGAGGGCGACAGGAAAAUUAUUGCAAAGGAAGGGGCGCUUCAAGGCCGUGUGGAUCGUGCAGCCCAGCGUCUAGACGGACAUGGAGACUCGCGAGAUAUUUUUCGAGAGAGCGACUGCGACUGCGGCCUGUGCCGGCUCAGUGGGCAAUCUCAAAAUAACAGGCGCCGCAGCGUGCACUUAGCAGCCAAGGUUGGCGCAAAGUGCCAAUGCCAGGAUGCGCUGGAGAGGCUGCUGGACUCUGGCGCAGAGGUGAAUUUGGCCGACGCGGAUGAAAGGACCCCCCUCCACUUGGCCGCAGCAAAUGGGCGUCAGGAGGCAGUCAGCUUGCUACUAGAUGCCCGGGCCGAGCCCGACGUCUUGGAUCGUCAUGGCCGAAGUCCGCUUUACUAUGCCGCCUGCGCGAACCACCGUGACGUGGUGGCGCUAUUGGUCGAGCGGGGGCAAGCAGACCAGAGUAUCCUGUUUCAUGCGCUCAAGGAGAAGUUCGGCACCCACAAUUUCAUGCUUCACGACUGGCCGGAAUAUAACGGCCGGUGGAUGUCGUCGGGAGCACAGAGAGCACGAAGCAAGUCAAUGCUGGGCCAGGUGGCCAAGGACAUUGAAGGCUUUCGCUGGGGCUGGCUGAAGCAGGUGACUGGGCAGGAAGUGCAGAUGUGCCAGCUUUUCUGCGGUUCAGAAGGCUUCUCCCCGUGCCACUACGAUCCACAG